AUGGCGGAAUCUGAUUAUACCAUAAAGAAGAGAAUGCGAUUUUCUUCUUCUUCUUCUUCUUCAGUUCGAGGUACCACCUCUAAGAGCCUUAUGGCAAGCGAAUUAAGGAAUCAUAGCAACCGCUCCACCGUUCGAUUCGCACCAGCUGUGUCUCACAUCAGAAACCGAUUUCUCACGGAUCUUCGUAACCAACAUGCGUCGCCACCUCUCAGCGAUAAAAUUGUUACUAAAUCACCUCGUGCGUGUCCUCGUGUAACGGUGAGGAAUCUGUGUCUCAGACGCGUUUCCUCCUCCCCGAGUUCGAUUUCUAGCGAUUGGGACUUUCAUGUGAAAGGGCAAAAUCAAACCAAGGAGCUAAAUGUGGAAUCUCCUUGCGAUUCUCCCAAUGCUAACGUUGUGAGAAUAGGAAGCAAUGAUAUUAUAGAAGUAGUGGAAUGCUCACAAACGACGUCACCGGAUUCAGAAAUGUUCAUUAGUGUAGCUGGUUCUAUCCGCCAAGAGAUUGAUGGAGUCUCUUUGAAGAACGUUGGUGUCAAACUCGGCAGCAAAAUUAUUCGUCAUCCGGAGAAGAUUUUCAAGAAUCCUGGUUCUGUGAGCUAUAGGAGAUUGCUUCCUUACUUGAAGAAAGCUUCUGAUGAUACUAGAUCUAGAGAUGCUGAUACAAAAGAUUCAAAGAACGAAAGAGAUGAAUUGAUGGUAGGAGAUGACCGGCUCUCUCCUACCGGGUCUGUUUUGUUAUCUCCCAAUAGCUUUGUUGAACCACCAGCAGCACAAAAUCUACAUGGAAACAUUAGCCCUUUCAAGAAGAUGACUUCAUCUAGUGCCACCAAAAUUCCUUUGUGUUCCAAGCGCAAGCUAUUUAAAGUGCCAGGUUCUGUGAAUUACAAAAGAAUGCUUUCAUAUCUCAGAGAUAGCUCAGAGGAUAAUCCUGGGAUGCCUGAAACCAGUAAACAUAUAGAUCUUCAGAAGAAUAUAGAAAAAAUUUCUCCAGCCACUGAGAACAAAGGGGCAACAACUGAAGCUAAAGAUUUGAAUACAUGCUCCAACAAUGUUGAGUCGACGCCACUCUCUGAUCCAGAUAACGAACAGGAAACUCAAACUUUUGUUAGCUCAGUUUAGCUGAUAGUGUUAUUUAGUUAAACAGUUAGUAACAAAGUCUUGUAUAUAGGUUUAAGCGUAUUUGACUUGUCUAUGCAUAGAGUUCACAUAGGCACUUGUAGGUCAAAAACAAGUCCUAGAUCAUAUGAACCGUACAAUUGAUCUUCAACGCACAGACAAUAGAGGUAACUAGAAUCAUCCACAUUAGACUUGUUAGUUCCUUUGUCUCCACAUUUUUCUGGUUGUACAACAUUAAUAGUGUCUGUCUUUGUCUUUUUUCAAGCAUAUCAAAUUGUUGUUGCUUUCUGAUCCGCAGUGAUCUUGCCUUGUUAUCUUUUCAGAUUUAUCAUAGCUUAUUACUCUAAAGCAAUUUCGUUGCAUUGUAUAGAAACUAGUAUGAAUUGGUACGUUCAGGGAUAAGGUUUAGAAUUGUGACAAUUCCAGUGAAAGGAACACCAGUAAUGACUUAUUA